GUGGCGCUCCAAAUAAUCUUUGGGUUUUCGGUGUGUUUAAGGUGUUUCUCACAGUGGUAUAAUGAUACAUGUGGAACGAUUGAACUGAAAAUGGUUUGCAUCUGAUUGACGGGUUUAUUCCAAUAGUAUUCUAAACGAUCCGAUGAGUUACACAGUACAUAUCUAACAAUUUAAGAUAGUGAACUUCUUUCUAAAUAGUCCAAAAAUUCUCGGGACUCAAAUUAUAUCCAAUAUUCAGCUAAACUAAAUAGUAGAUCUUCCAUUAUUAUCAUGGUAGACAUUAUCGACUGAUGAAAUAAUGUUUCUUCUACCUAAAGUGUAUUACAAAUCCUUGAGUUGGAAAAAAACCACAACUCUAUUUGCAAAUGUUGGAAUGUUUACACUUGGUGAUAGUACUUGCAGCUAGUACUAAUCGUUUUCAUUUUAGAAUUGUCAAAAUCAUUUUAUAUGUUAAUUGUCUUUUCUAUUACUAAUUGGACUUUAUUUUAAUAAUUUGAAGAGCAGUUAGGUAUCACUUUCUGUCAACAGCUCUGUUAAAAAGAACUUCAAUAAAAAGGUUGUUUCGUUUUACUAAAUUGACCAAUUAACCUGACACUGUAUGAGAGCGAAUAUAAAGGAUGAGAAUAUAAUCGUGUUCCGUCUUUUUUGUUGUACAUCAUAAGCUACGCAGUAAGAUCCCAUGGCUUCGUGUUUGAGUUUAUAAAAAGCAGUGGCACUUCACUAUAUACUUCAUUCCCAUCAUAACCAAUCUUGAAGUGUUCUUGUGAUCGUGAGGACUGAUAUUCUCUACCUUUUUUCAAUCAAGGUGUGCUUGACCUUCUAAUAUCCCAUUUCUAGAUGCAAAGAACUCUCACGUUUCCGGUUUUAUGAACAAAAUUAUGACGAUACACACAACGCGUCGUAUAAUCUUGUACUGAUAUCAGUUGUUGCCACAAUAAAGUACACUAGUUUUGCUGAAACAUAUUAUCUGAUCUAUCAUGCUACUUGUGCACCCUGGCGAUCCAUACACAUUUAGGUACCUUGUGAAAUGUUCCGAUGCGAUAUUUUUGAAAAACAGUAAUCUAAAAUGCUUGUUAUAAGCUAUUAAUGGACAUUACGUUUUUAGUAAAUUUAUUUUUUCUAGGUUUAUUUCUAUUUCAAACAAAACUGAUCUUUUCAUGUUUUACCACUUUUUCUAGAUCUUAUAUUGGUAGACAUUCCUAUAUUUGCAAAUUAUUGUUUGGUAAAUUACAAGAUCCAUCACAAUUCAUUUUUGGAUUAUUUUCUGAAAUAACAUGACUUGAUAUUAAUGAUUACAUGGACCAGACAGAUGAAUUGGUAUUGAUCAGUCAUGAAGCAAAAGAAUUUUAUGAUGAAAUUCGUGGACUAGUUGUUGUCUUUUUGCUAUUCACCAUCCUUUUCUUUAUUGCUCAUAUCACACUUCAGUAUUUUCUAACUAAAACGGAAUGUGAGUUAAAGCCACAUCGAGGUGAACGUUUAGCUUACCAACUGGUCUUGGGUAUAUGUACAUUUACACUGACGAUAGGCCUGACUUCAUACAGCUUAUUGCCGUUCACCAUCAUCACCAAUGAGAUUCUAAUUAUUUUUCCUAAAUCUUAUUAUGUACAAUGGUUAAAUGGGGAGUUAAUACAAGACUUGAUAUUGCUUAUUAAUAUCGGGUGUAAAAUAUCUUAUUUAAUUAUACCAUUUUCUUAUUUUCUGUUAAAUUCUCAAGGAUUUCUAUACAAAUCACAUUCCUUGACAUCACGCUUGGUUUAUUCCUUCACAAUGGUUUUAUUCUUUUACAUUUUGUGUUUUGGUACGUCAUGGUCGCUAACCAGCUUUGUAUCAGCAUUAAAUUAUUAUUUUUUAUCAGAUGUGUUACCUGCUAGUGAUAGCAACUCAUUUCUUACAUCCCACCAUCAGACUUAUUUUUCUGUCAGUCCUACUCAUCACCUCGACUAUUAUGAAAAUCACCCAGUUUCACUUCUCCUGGAUUACGUGAAGUCUGUUGGCUGGAUAAGAUUUCUUCAGGACAUUUUCAUUCAGGUGAUAUUUAUGUCAGCUUUAGAAUUAAUCCAAAUGACAGCGUCUUUAUUAGGACUGUUAUUAUUAUUUAUUUGCACUCCAGUGGGUCUACUGUCUAUCGUUUUAAACCUAAUCACAAUCAGUAUACAUUCUUUACCGAAUUUAAUACCAAAGCAAACAUUGCAUAAUCGUAUUGAACAAUUAAAUUUUGAAGCGUUAACCGUCAUGGAUGACAUUAAUUGUGUCCAACUUCUGUGUACUGCUGGCAAUAUGAUGAAUGAGGAAGAUAAUUUUUUGGUUCAUAAAUCAAUCUGUUUUCGGAAUCAUACCGAUGUCAAGUCAAAAGAAGAGUUAUUACUCAAGUAUACAAAUGAGUUGGAUUUGUUGAACUUAGAAAUAUUACAGAUUAAACAACGUAUAAACGCACGUACGUUUUUGCGAUUUAUGCGCGAAUCUACACACUUGCUUUUUUAUUUCUUCUGUUUAAUCUUGCUUUUUGUUCUGUUUCGCUUAUUGGAAUCGUUUGUAUUCUUCAAUAUCAUUGAUCUCUUAUGGAGUAUGGUUUUUGGCAAUUAUGGUAGUAAAGACAGCAGUAGUUAUUUGGUGACAACAGAAAGUAAAGAUUAUUCAUCAUCUCUGGGUAAUUCUGCAGAUUACAGUUUUACACUUGGCUUAAAACCUGUUUCGUCACUUGGACAUAUUGGGGCUGCUUUCCAGGUCUGUCUGGUGCUGUUUCUUCUUGUAUUAAGUUUGUGGGGUUUUUACUCACUCCCAUGUGCUCGUUCUCUUCGACCGAGAUAUCACGCAACGAGUUUGGAUAUUAUGUUGGCGAACAUUUUGUUAUUCCUAAUGUUAAGUGCCGCACUUCCUCUGCAAACCAAUCUGCUAGGAUUAACCACACUCACCUUACCUAGUCCACUUAAAACAGAAGCUAUCAUGUUACCCACAUAUUCAGAAUGUUCAAGUCAUGUCUGCGAAUCUUCACAAAACCGAUUUAUUUGUGCUGAAAAUACGUCCAACUGUCCGAGUACAAAAUCGAGCAAAAAAUCUAUCAGUUGGUGGACAAAAGUGAUCAGUGGCACAUACUUCGAUUCAUUCAACUGGUUUAAUUUUAUCCAUAUAAUUAAUCCAUUUAGUUCUUCCUCACCGAAUAAUCUAGAUGAAUUAACAAUACCCCGCCCGAUCCAAGCUAAAAAACAAUCGAUUUUCCGUCAGUUUAUUUCUCGUGCUUUCGGCUAUUCAUCUGUUUCGCCUAGUUAUGGGCUAGGCCUAGUCAUAUUAACGUAUAACAUUUGCUUCCUGGUUUCUUCAAUGUGGAUUGCCGGCCGACGAUUAAGAGAUGCUACGUUGUCAAUCAGUUUAGAUGUGGUAACGACGAUUCGGUGUUUGCAUCAGUUGGACAUCACAUCUAAACCUAGUUCACACUUAGAACGUACGGAAUGGCUAAAUGAACUGCCUUGUACCAACGGUUCAGAAGAACUUGAUCGACGUAUUUACUAGUCAUAGUCUAUUCUAUCCUGUCGACAAUUCGAUUGUUAUGUAUGUUUACACAACUAGCGGAAAUAUUUGUAGUAUAUUCGUAGAUUUGUUUUCCUGCAUUUCCCUCUCUUAACGAAGAACUAGUCGAUAUAUAUACAUAAACUUUCAAGUCGAUAAAAUUUUAUUACUUGUUACUUCAAGUGAUCUCUUUGUUCGAGUAUAUUUUAAUUUAUGUCUAAUUUUCGUUCGAUACUUUGGCAGUUAUUGAUUGCAAUUUCAUUCCUCUUUUGAAUAGUCAUUCGAUUUUCUUUAUUAUUUUUCGGUUUUUCUCAAUUUCGAUAAUCUGUUGUACAAAAGAUCAUUAACUUAAUUCUAUGGUUAGAAUUUUAUUUUGUACAUAAGUGAAUUGUAAAUGAAAUAAUCUUACAUUUGC